AUGUCUAUAAUGUAUCAAGCAGGAUGUACCAUAAUAGUGUGUUACUCCUGUUUGACCAUGGCGUUGAUGUACGCGUGGCCAUCAUCGACAAUAAAAAUUUUUUCAUCCGCUAACACAACUCUGCAUCGACCUAUGAGUGAGAAUGAGAUAGCUCUAUUCGGAAGUUUUUCCUCCAUCAGCGCCAUAUUCACGACGCCUUUCUCAGGGUUCCUUUUAGAUAGAAUCGGUCGAAGAAAUAGCUGCAUUUUGUUCUCUUUGCCGCAAGUGGUGGCAUGGCUCAUAGUAUCCAUUAGCUCCAGAGUGGAAGCUGUAUUAGCAGCUAUGUUUAUAUCAGGAUUUGGCGGUUGUACCUUGUUACUCGUCCCAGUAUUCAUUAGCGAGUUCUGUCAGGAAUCCGUAAGGGGUAUGAUGACUUCUGGAUCAGUAGUUGCAUAUGGGCUCGGAAUACUCGUUUCAUAUGUAUUGGGUGGAUGCUUAGAGUUCAAAACGAUGACUUAUGUAUGUCUUACUAUGUCAGUAUUGGCAGUUAUGUUGUUAUGGCCUCUGAAAGAUUCGCCACUGUUCUUGAUGAAAUGCGGCCUAGAGAAGGAUGCGAUAAAAGCCGUGGCGUUUUAUAGACGAGUUAAGGAAUCAUCAAAAGAGGUGACACAAGAAAUAAAUACAAUAAAAAGAGCGUUGAACCCUGAUCUUGAAGAUUUGUCUCCUGAGGAAGAGAAAUUGCAACCAGAAAAACAACAGAAAAUACAGGAGAAAUCAAAUGGAAUAUCAAAAUGGAAGUUUCUUAAAAAGUCACGUUCCACACGUCAAGCGUUGUUUGUAGCUCUUACUCUGUACUCGGCAGCGAUGUUCCAAGGCUUAGUGGCAAUACAGGUCUACGCAGAACCAAUAUUCGUGGACGUACUUCCGAAUAUUUCUUCAACGCUAUCCUGUGUACUGCUAGCUGUCGUGACUGUGGUGUCUAGUUGUGUUGCUGCAUACUUAAUCGACAUAGCUGGACGACGGCCUCUCAUGAUCUAUUCGUCCAUUGGAGCGGGGAUUUGUAGCGUGGCGCUGGGCACGCAGAUUCAUUUGCCCUGGGGCCCGCACUGGAUCACGGGUGUCUUCAUUUACCUGUUCGCCAUCACGUACACGCUUGGUGCAGGCACGGUACCUUUCGUGUUUGUUGCUGAAGUAUUCUUGCCAGAGAUUAAAAGUUUAGUUUCUAUGCUCUCUGCGGAAUGGGGUUGGAUCUGCAACUUUAUUAUCCUUUAUAUAUUUACCCCGCUUGUAUCCAGCGUUGGACUUGCCCCAGUUUUUUAUAUCUUCGGAGGUGUUUGUUUUGCAACUGCGAUCUUCUGCGCGUACUUCUUGCCGGAAACGAAAGGACUGUCCGUGGGUAUCAUACAGACGCUGCUUGUUAAAAGUAAACGUGCACAAAGUGUGUCGUGUUGA